AUGACUGAAACAAUUAGUGUGCAUCCUGUUUCUUUUCCACCUGAGGUACUGGCUCGUAUAUCUCCUGAUCUAACAUUACAAAGACAUUUAUCUUUGGGAAUUCGACCAAGUUUACGUAAAUUUGAUGAAUUUCGAGACGUGCAGAUAAAUGAAGAAACCUUAUCAAGAUACUCCGAGCAGUGUCAAUUUGAUGCCAACGAUACUAGCAAUGGGAUUCUUGGUUCAAAUGUGCUUAAGAGUGGCAAUACCAUGGUUAUUACUACGAUAACAGGUGGUAUUAUUGAAGAUGCAUAUAAUAACGAGUUUGGGGAUUUAGACAUAGGUGAGCAAGAGCUCUUGCAUUUGGAGGAUGCACCCGCUGAUUCUUUGAGUAACUAUACCUCUAUAUAUCCUGUGGUUGAAGUUGAAAGAGGUAGAGUAGGUGCAUGUACUGAUGAAGAAAUGACUAUAUCUCAGAAACUUUAUCAAUCACUACUGUAUUCAAGAGUGCUACCGAAGAGUUCAUUGAAGGUUAAACCAGGUGUAAGAUCGACAGAUGAAAAUGGUAUUAGUACUAUAACUUACCCAGAUGGAAAUGUAAAUGAUGAUGAAAUGAGCAACGUAGUACAGAUAAAAAAGAAAUGGUCCUAUGUUUUAUAUGCAAAAAUAACCGUGUUUGGUAGAACUGGUCCAGUGUUCGAUCUUUGUUGGAAUUCUUUAAUUUAUGCUUUACAAUCUACAAAGCUUCCAAUGACAUUUAUAGACGAGAAAGCAACCGACUUAAGGGUCAGUAUCAGAACUAAAGGUAGAAGCACUACAGUUAAGGAAACUUAUGAAAUUUUUGCUGAUCCUAAGAGAUAUUCUGAUCUAGUUAUUAAGAAAGAAAGGAUUGCAUAUUCAUCAAAUUUUGGUAUUAUUGAACUGAAUCCAGAAGAACAAAUUCUAAAUGGUGAAGAGAGCUCUGAAAAUUCUGCUACUCCGGAUGGGACAGAUGCAACAGAUGUUGAAAUGGAUGUGGUCAGGCCUGAGCCUGAGACGGUUCUUUUGGCAGAUAUAGAUACUGAAGCAGAAGAGGCAACAAUUAAUAGCACUGUCAAUAUUUUGACUGACGAGCAAGGGAAGAUGUGUCAUUUUUCAAUAAACGGAGGUGGCGCUAUUAUUACACCAGAAUUGAUAAGGAAUUGUCUCACAUUAGCAAAUGAGAGAUCAUCUGAUUUAUCUAGGAAAUGUUUGAGAAAUUAG